AUGUUAAAAACAGUUUAUGAAGAAGUUGUUUCUAAUGCGGAAAAGUUAGGCAAUAAUAUUCCAGAAAUUACUAUGCUUUUCGAUAUAAAGGAAGGUAUCGAUCUCAGAAGCUACAACAUUCCUAGAUCUAACGAAGUCUGUGCCAUUCUUUGGCGAAAUUCAAACGACGAAAUACCAGCAGCUAAUGUUGUUGUUCACUUAAAGGGUUCAAAAAAAUUAAAGACUAUUUACCCUUUAAGCCAAAUAGUCGAACCAAUGUGCUAUCCUAUAUUUUACCCCGAUAAUUAUUUAGGUUGGAAUAAUAAUUUAAGAAAUGUUUCAAAUAAAAAAAUAUCUCUGUGUGAUUUUACUAAAUAUAAAAUGUUUUUCCGAAGCGACGGCAAGUUUUUGCCUCAUUUUUAUGGCGGAAAAUUAUUCCAGCAGUGGUGCGUAGACCAAGCCGCUAGAAUAGAAUGGAGUAGAUUAAAUUACAUUAAAACUCACCAAAAGGAGAUUUGCAAAGAACCAUACAAUACAAUUGAUAAUUUUUUGAAAUCAAAAGCUUUAGAGACUGGGGCGCGCGUUAGAAAACAAAUUAUAUUACCAACCAGUUUUACUGGUGGUCCUCGAAAUAUGCUAGAAAGUUUUAUGGACGCAAUGGCAAUUGUUAACGAAGUUGGUAAACCUGAUCUAUUUCUAACUUUUACGUGUAAUCCCAAAGAUGAGGACAUUAAAAAAUGUCUUUUAGAAAAUCAAGGAACACAUGACAGACCAGAUAUAGUAGCAAGAGUUUUUCGUUUAAAAGUAAAAGAAUUUUUAAGAGAAAUAAUAGAAGAAAAAAUUUUUGGUGAAGUAGCAGGUUUUUGUUACACAAUAGAGUUCCAAAAAAGGGGACUUCCUCAUUUGCAUAUGUUGUUGGCACUGAAAUCAGAAUUCAAAUUAAAAAAUACAGAUGAUAUAGAUAAAUUUAUUUCAGCAGAAAUACCUGACAUAAAUGAGGAUAAAGAAUUAUAUGAGUUAGUUAGUUCAUUAAUGAUUCAUGGCCCGUGUGGAAAAGAUUUUCCUGAUUCUAUUUGUUGGUCUAAAGCAAAGGAAAAAUGUACUAAAAAGUUUCCAAAACAAUUUAGUGAAGUAACUUUAGUAAAUGAGAAUGGAUAUCCUUUUUAUAAGAGACCUAAUAAUGGUAGAAGUUUACUAAAAAAAGAUUGGAAAACAGGUAAAUCAAAAUUGAUGACAAACCAAAAUGUUGUUCCCUAUAACCGUUAUUUGUUAAAGAGAUUUCGAGCGCAUAUUAACAUUGAGAAAGUGGCAGAUAUAAAAGCAGUUAAAUAUAUUUAUAAAUAUAUAUAUAAGGGGUAUGAUGCGGCAUUAAUUCGUUGUGUAACAGAAGAAAAUGGGGAAAUAAAAGAAUUAGUUUAUGAUGAGGCAAGUAAUUAUCUUGAUGCAAGAUAUUUAAGAAAAGUCCCAUUCUAUUCAACGUCUCCCUGUUCAUUUAGAAAAUGAACAAGUUAUCUAUUUUGAAGAAAAAAACGAAGAAGAAAAAAUUUUAGAAAAAGCAAAUAAAAAAAGCAAGUUACUAGCUUAUUUUGAAUUUUUAAAAGAGAAUCCAAAUGUGCCAAGAUAUUUGUAUUCUGACAUACCAAAAUACUGCACGUGGAAUUCCUCAAAAGGUAUAUGGCAACAGAGAAAAAAUCCUAAAAUUUGUAAAACUCUUGGAAG